AUGCAGCCACAGCCCACAGAUCCCGUCCCGGCCGACCCAGAGACCUGCAGCCUUCUUGGCACAACAGGCUUGGUCGUCCAGGCCCUCAUGGGGGUCAUGGUCAUCAGCUCGCUGGUCAUCAAGAAGCAGCUUGAAAAGCGGAAGCGGUCGUGGCGCAUCUGGCUAUUGGAUGUAUCAAAACAGCUCGCCGGGCAGGCCGUCGUGCAUGGUUUGAAUAUCCUAAUAUCAUGGCUUGUCGCUUCUGUGGCCCACAACAACCCGUGUUCAUUGUAUUUCCUCAAUGUCCUGAUUGACACCACUGUCGGCAAUCUCAAGCUGUUCACUUGGUACUUUACAUCAUACCUGGGGUAUGACGGAUUCAUCAGUGGAAAGUACGGCAACCCACCGCAAGCCCAAUUCUGGUGGAAGCAGCUCCUCACCUACCUGAUGUCCAUCAUCACCAUGAAACUCCUCGUCCUCCUCCCCUUGACCCUUCCCCGCAUCUCCGACUUCCUCCUCCGUCUCGGCCACUGGCUCCUCGACUACCUAUCCCCCUCGGCCCAAGUCAUCUUUGUCAUGGCCGUCUUUCCGCUCAUCAUGAACAUUGUCCAAUUCUGUCUCGUCGACCAGGUUAUCAAAGCGAGUCCGCAGCCGGACGAGGGGCGAGGAGAUGAGGUGAGGGAGAGCGGGGAGGGGGGGAGGAGGAGGAGGGGAGGGGAUGGGGAGGGGUAUAGUCGGGUACCGGAUUGGGAGGCAGAUUUGGAAAGUGGUGAAGGGCCCAAGCCGGGCGCGGUGGACAGGGCACUGCCGCCAAGUUCGCCUCUUCUCAGUGCGGGAGGCCAGGACGGCUACGGUAGUACCACCCCGAGCCCCAUGGGCAGUCCCACAACUUCCCAUUCGUAUCUCCCAGAGAGCCUGAACGGGGGCAGCAUAUGGAGCAAGAUCACCGGGAAAGCAGGAUCGGAGGGGCCCAAAGUAGGAGAAGCUGGCUCGUCGACGUGGUGGGAGUAUCCUGAAGCAGCCGAGGAAGGGAGGCUGAGUGUACUGCCAGAGCGAGCCAAUCGCUCAAAAGCGCCCUCACCAGAUUCGGCUCGGGCUUCCAAACUCGCCUUUACCUCGCCCAUACCACCGCCUUCUGCAUCGACCGACCCGCCCAUCCCAGCAGAUCCUUCGUCGUCUGCGACAUCUUCUUCUUCUUCUGCGCGCCCGAGGCAGCAGUCGCGAGAUUGGGGCACCAACUCGUCUCACUCGCAGACACAAAGAUCAGUCGCCUCCAGACGGCUGACAUCAGACCUUGAGCGAGAAGCGCGGUUGACACUCAGCCCGCCGGGGUCGCCGGUAGUGAAAGAAGGGGCAGCGGACGAGGUGGGCAUGGAGAUCUGGCGGGCGUGA